CACAGCUUUGGAAAACUUCGUUAGCAACGUUUACAACACAGCUAACUGGAAAAAUCUCGUACGUUGGGGCUAAAUGAUCAGUAAUAGUCUGUCUCCGAUUCCACCGACCGGUCCCUAUGAAAUCCAGGUUGUUUAAGUGAAAAUGGCCCAAAACAAGAGCACUCCUGAGAUCUGUUUCAAUUGAGUUGGUCUGAGAAUGAGCAAGAAUCAUGCAAGGAUAGAAAUGGACCUGGCUUUUGGAUCAGCCAAGCCUUAUGGAUCAUCUAGGAGUAUUGUUAGAAGAAUUGCCACAAACCUCCCUCUGGCACCCUGCCCUCGUGUCCACUUUCAGCUGUUCUAUCUCUAAGGAAUGCAACUUUUCUGCUCUCCAUUCUUUCACUAUUGGAGCUGGAUCAGGUAUCCUAGGCACUCCAGGAGGACAAAGUGGGUUUGUAGCAUCAUUAGCUGAUGUAGGUUUGAUUGACCAGGAGGAAAAUGAUGCGUCUGGCAGAAACAGGUUGGAAGCAGGUUCAGGGUUGGUGUUCCGGAUUCAGCAGCGGCCGACACUCCGACGGCAGCGCUCCUUACCCAGCAUGCACCGGCCACAGCUUGCCCCACAGAGCCAAACAGUGGUCAAUGAGGAGGCCAUUCAGAAGAUCAGUGCUCUAGAGAGUGAGCUGGCCAAACUGCGAGUCCAGAUUGCUCAAAUUGUACAGGCCCAGGAGCUGAGCGCACACGCUGGAGCUCCAGCACCAGGUGUUCCUUCUGCACCCUCAGCACCUCCUCCUCCACCCCCACCUCCUCCUCCACCACCACCACCACCACCACCGUGCCCCGGCAUGCAGAGGAGCAUCUCUGCCAUUGACCUCAUUAAACAGCGGCGCAGUAAGAAGGCUGACCAGCAGACAGUUGUGGACCUGGGACCAAAGCAGCCAGAGAUACCAAAUAUGUUAGAUGUGCUCAAAGACAUGGGAAAAGUGAAGCUGCGCUCUGUUAAGAAUCGCCCUGAGGAAGGCCACUCUAAAGCCAGUGAACCUGCUGACCCUGCUACUCUCAUUGCUGAGGCACUUAAGCGCAAGUUUGCACAUCGUUAUCGCAGUGACAGUGAGUGCGAAAGCAACUUCAGCUUGCCUUCUCAGGAGUCAAAACCCCACUCAGAGGCUCCAAUGUUUGGACAGCACAUGUUGAAAUCGACUGGAAAGAGAAACCUCUUCUGAUAGUGAACUUGUAAGCUGCUAUACCGGACGCCAGCAUUGCUCACCAACAGGCCUUCUCCACUGAACUGUAGGAGUGUCUAGUGUGUAAAUAGGAACAGAUACAUAACUGCAGGAACACUAAGCGGCCAGUCAGGUUUUCUACUGUUGGCACAACCAGCAUAGUACAUCUGUGUAAUCAGUGGGUAUUACGCCUUCAAAAAGAAGGUCAUGUCUUUGUGUACCAGUUCAUUGUUGUACAUUUACUUAUUUAUGCCAAGUCUUUCCAACAAUGUAAGCCUAAACCAAGAGUGUUAGAUUAAAUUUUUGUUUUUAUGUACUUUUGUUUUUAAGCUUAUUUGUGUCUUAAAAUGGAUCUGGUCAAAUUCACGGAUAUAAUCCAGGUCAGAGGCUAUAUAUGAGAAGUGCUGUCUGUAUAUAUGAUUGUGCUGUCAGACAUGCUUUAUAUAUAUAAAUACGCAAAACACUAUAGAAUAUGUUGCCUCUUGAUUUAGUUAUGUGGCAAAGAAUGAGCACUUUUCCCGCUUUUUUGCUUGCUUGCUGUAGUUCAGAGCCAUUUGUAAGAUCAUGUUAGUGUUAAUUUAUGUUGGGAGGUUUAUUUGCAUUUUUUUUAUAGAUAUUAGUCCUUAAUCUUCUAUUAGGAUGUCACUUGAAUUAUGUAGCUGCUUGUUUCAAGAGAAGAUUCUCACAUGCCGUUACGAAUCAGGAUGAUUCUUUUACUCAUCACACGUCUGUAAUGUCUGCUUAUACCUCAGCAACAAUUUGACUUGAUAAGACUCUCUUUUUCAGUAUAGCUAGCGUGCAAAUAUUUAAGAUGUUCAGGUCUAUUGCAUUUAGUUUCAUUAAAAUUGGCUGACAUGUUAUUGGUCAAGCAGUUCAAUUGUUGUGGCUGCUAUCAUCCCCAUCGUAUGUACCUCCACGUUUUGUUCAGCUAACCAGUAAACUUGGUAAAGUUAUUUAUACUAUACUGGUAUUAGUUAGCAUUAACUGUUUUAGCAUAACAGUGACAGAAUAAACCUCUACACUGAACCUCUUUAUGUACACAAAAUUCAAGGUUACUAACUGCAGUAUAGCUUAAUGGAGUGUUAAACUAAUUGGUACAAGCUGAAUGAUUUGUGUAACACUAUAAAACAUCUUGCUGUAGAAUGUGUUUUGUACUUUAUUACAUUGACCAUUCGUUAAGCUAAACUGAUAAACACAGAGGAGCAUUAAGGGAAAUUAAUUGUUGGCUUAAAUGUAUGUCGAAUGUGUAUAACCAACAUUACACUGACAGGUACAUUCCAUGUUACAUAAUGCUGUCAGACUGGAAGAUUUUUUUUUGUUUCCUGAAUAAACUUAAUGAAUGUUUGUUUGUGAACUGAAACGUUAUUUUUAAACCGCUAAGCGAGUGAGAGGCUGUACAGCUGUAUCAGUUGCCUAUUUUGUUACUCUUAUUGUGUGCACAUAUUGAAGAUGUUCAGGUUUAUUGUAAUCAUUGUCAUUAAAAUUGGCCAACAUGUUGUUGGUCAAGCAGUUCAA